CUUCAAAAAUUGUUGUCUGUAGUGCCUAUUCGUAUACGCGUACUAUAAGUCUAAUAGAUAUACUAAAUACAUAUAGGUCAGUCGAGUUCAACAGUGUGGUAUUUCGUUGGUGUGUGCAUAGUAUACCUUCACAAUCAUAACCCAACUACCCCCUAUAAAAAGUGCACUAUACUCCUUUACCCUGUACAUACGUACAGAUGGACUGGCUACUUCGUAAGAUCUCUCCCAGUGAAGCGUUGACCCGUGCUACAAGCGAAACCCUCGAUCAUAAGACAACUAUGACCCAACCAGUGGAGCAAACGGAAGCGCCAGCCACGGUGAUAGAGUUUGCCGUACAGCUACAGAGCCAGAAGGAUGUUGACGAUGUCACGAAGACGUUAAACGAUUUGGGCAUCAGCGUUUCUGAAGUUGACCAGAAGUCUCAAAAGGUGGUGGUCACCACGUCGCUGCCAUCCACUCGAGUACACGCAGCAAUCGCUAAUACAGGCCGACAGGCGGUUGUGAGAGGCUGUUCAGCUCCUGAAGGCGCUAAUCUAGGCACGGCUGUGUGUAUGAUUCUGGGGGAGAAGGGUACUAGUGAGGAUAUGGGUGCUGUGAAGAGUUCAGCGACAGCCCAAGACGCAAGCGCUGCCAGUGAGCCUGUGGGCAUGGUCAGAGGCCUUGUACGGUUUGUGCAGGUGUCCGAGGAUGUGUGCGUGGUGGAUGGAGCUGCUUCAGGGCUACAGACAGGUACCCAUGGCGUACGAGUCAAUACCUAUGGCGACCUUACUGACGGAUGCUCGAGUACUGAACCCGUGUACACGGACAAGGUGUCUGGGGAGGCUAUAGGUAAUCUGGGCGACGUUGAGGCUGACACCCACGGCCACACAUCGUUUAAAUUUGUGGCACGCAAUUUGAGAGUGUGGGAUAUCAUCGGUCGGGCAGUAGUCAUCGACUCGUCGUCUCUGAAAGACACACAAGAAGAAAACAAAGGGUCUGUGGCCUGUGGGUUGAUCGCUCGCUCGGCGGGUGUGGGAGAGAACAUCAAGAAGGUGUGUGCGUGCUCAGGCAAGACACUGUGGGAAGAAGGGGCUGACGAGUACUACUGAGCGCUUACCAGCUCGAACCCUAAACCCUAAACUCUAAAAGCCAGCAGGGUGUGUAUAUGAACGUCCUGAGCUGUCGGGGUGUAGAUGAAUGUAUAGGGUCGUAGGGGUGUGGAUUGAUAUGAUCAGAGUUAAGCAGGGCAGCCAGGUGAUUACUGUUGGUAGGCUGAAGAAGUGUUUCCGUACCAGGAAACUCCUGCCGGGAUUAGCGGAGCACAUGGAUACUGCUGAAGCGUAUGCAUAUGUUCAUAGAACAUCUGAGCUAUAUCAGGGGCAAAUGGAUACUGCUGAAGUGUAUGCAUGUGUUCAUAUUUCACCUGAGCUAAAACAGGAGCACGGUUGAAGAGGCUAGCUGGGAUGGGCACGCGUAUGGAGUGCUUGUACAGGUAGCUGAGCAAGACAUGAGGCAUGUGUGUGCGUGCGUAUGAAGCAGUGCUUGUAGAGGUAGCUAGCUGAGCACGUGCUUGUAGAGGUAGCUGGCUGAGCACGGGCUUGUACAGGUAGCUGGCUGAGCACGGGCUUGUACAGGUAG